AUGGAUAAAGAGUUUGUGUAAUUAAAAUGAAUAUUAUAAUAGAUAUAAUCUUGAAAAUGGUAACUAUUAUGUGUUAGAUUUUGUUAACCAGAAGGUAUAAUAAACAAAUUCAAGAGGAAAAUUUCCUGAAAGUUUCAUACCUUAUCAAAGUGGAUUUAGUAAUUCUUAAUAAAGAUAAUUAAAAUUGAAAUAUCAUAACUCUGUUUCAUACACUCCACAUUAGAAUAAAUAUUUUGGUUAUUGUUAAUGUCCUAAUUAAAAAAUCAAACAUACAUCUUUAUCAAAAGUCAUAAUUUCUAAAAAUACAUCUGACCGAAUCUAAGAUGUCAAACAAACUUUACCUGUAAAUCUAGUCAAUUGUUUUAAUAAGCCAAAAACUCCUAAAAUAUCAUUAACUCAAAAUAUUUAUCCACCAAAAUAUAGAAUAACAGAAAAUAAUUUUGAUGAUAAUCUCAUUCCUCAUUUAAGUGGAACUAUAAAAGAUGCAUCAUAAGUUUAUAAAUCUGGAUCAAUUGAAUCAAUGAAAUAUAGAAAAGGAACUAAAAUCAUGGAUAAAUUUCUUAAGUUUAAAAAAAAUGAGCCAGAUUAAUUAAGAUUCACUUGUAGAUACCUAAACAAUAAUAAAAUCAAAUCUCCUCCCUUUAAAGUGAUGUAAAGAUAUGAGAUCAUCAAUAAAAUAAAUUAGGAAUAAGAGAGAAAAAGAGCAAAAUCAAUAGAUGAUAGUCUUGUUAAAAGAAUUCCUCCAGUUCCUAAUUUAUAGACUUUACCUUCUAAAGUUUAAAAUAACUUCUAUUAAAAUAUUGAUGUUUCAUUAUCUCAUUCUAUCGACUCUUAGAAAAUCAAAGCAUUCAUUUCAUUGAGAUGA